AAUCACAGACGGUCGAUGUGGCUGAGAUUCGAAUUCAGUUGAAACCGCGUAAUUCGAGCUCACCUUAUCAAACCCUGUGAUUGAACUGAGGCAUCGAUUUCAAUCAUUGAGUCGCUUUGAAUGCUCGCCAUCCCAAAUAUAAAUAGACUGGAUAAUUGCAGACCAAGAACGCGAUCCGGUACUGGAUUCUAGCCAUCUGAUCUUGGAAUUAGCCGGUCACGAGUGACAACAAUCAACGUCGUUAUUAGGCUUCGACGACGACCUGUUCUUUGUCCUUUUGGACGCUGUGGGACAACAAUCCAUCCACACAUUAGACUUGGCAUGGCUUUUGAGUGAUAUUUUAUGUCGUUUUGGGAUUGAUAGAACUCCAGCACCAUUCCUUUGUAUUUGUAUAUUCCUAAUUUAAUUUCGAUUUACAAUGGAUGGAUCAGAACUUCAUUCCGUGUUUGAUGGAACGGUCCCAUCGGUGCUGAUGGUCUUGAUCGAGAUUACUUUGGUGGUGUGCUUUCUCCUUGGGUCAGCUUUAAAUACAAUCUUGUUAUUGGUUUAUAUUCGAAGAAGAGGUUUCAGGUCGCAGAUCAGUAAUAAGUUUCUCUUGAACUUGGUCUUCUCGAAUCUAUUGUGGAACUUAGUCCUCAUCCCUAUCUUGUUGUUCGACAACGCUAUAAGCACCUUGGAGGACCCAGAAUUUCGUUCCAAAGUGGCCUACACCGUGUUCCAAUUUUUCCUAAUCUUCGGAACAUGUGCCUCUCUUCUCUCUCAACUUCUCAUUGGAACGGACCAAUACUUGGCUGUGGUGGAUCCACUCCAUUAUAACACCAGAGUAAACACUAAACGGUGUUAUUUCAUGUGUGGUGCAGUGUGGGGAUUGAGUUUCAUGGUGGCCACUCUAAAUGUCAUCAAUUAUGAAGAGCUUGGCGUUGUUGUUUCAAACAUUCCGAUUGUUUUCAACACUUGGCCAAGUCCCAGCCAAGCACCCAGCGUUUCCACCAGUGUGUUUACAUCAAGUUUUGCGGUCAUGCUUUUUCUGGUUCCGUUCGGAGUGCUCACGUUUAUGUAUUCAAAAAUAUUCGGGGCUGCUCACAAAAACACCAUGAGGACAAGGCACAACUCGAUCAAUUC